AUGGCUUCCACGACUCCCGAGAUAACCCCCGCCUUUAGGGCCGAAAGUCGAGCGGGCGAGGUCUACACGGUACACAUCAUAUUCUUCGUCCUCUCGAUACUGUCGGUAAUUGCACGUUUGGCCGCCGCACGAGUGUCAGGACGGAAGUUUACGUGGGAUGACUGGCUGGCCGCGGCAAGCCUAUUCUUCAUCACCGGGGUUUUUGCGGGCACGAUGAUGUGGCUGCGAUUCGGCCUGGGUAGACAUGAAAUUGUGGUCCUGGAAGAGGAUCCUAUGAACAUCGUUUACUUCUACCAAACGAUUUUCGCAAACGAGAUACUGUAUCCAUUCGGAUUGGCCACCGCGCGGCUAUCGCUUGUCGUGCUAUACCAUCGAAUUUUCGGCCUAUUCAAUGCGCGGUACUACUUGCACGGACUCAUGGCCUUCAUUAUGGCGUGGGCAGUGUAUGCUACGUUGCCACUGAUAUUGGCUUGUAAGCCAGUGUCAAAUUUCUGGACGACACAUAAAAACUGUAUCGACAUCUCCAAACUUUACAUUAGCAUCGCCGUUGGAAGCAUUGUGACCGAUUUCAUACUUAUAAUACUGCCAAUGCCGUACGCAGCAAGACUAAGGAUGUCAUGGUAUAAGAAAGUGCUGCUUCUCAUGUCUUUUGUGUUUGGAGGCUUCAACUGCUUUAUCACGAUAAUUCGGUUGGUGAAAGUAUCGACAUUCGACUACAAAGACCCAACUUGGGGAACGGUGGACCUGAUGAUUUGGACAGGUCUAGAGGCAUACUGCGCUGUGAUAUGUUGUUGUCUGCCAACACUUCGACCAUUGCUUCAUUACAGACGGUCCGGAGAGCGUUCAGGACAGAACUCGGACGAAAAUGUGAAGGACAGCGAGCCCAGUACAGAAGGCACUCUCACGCAGCAAGCAACGGAAGGACAUGAGUUAAACGAACAACGACCAACCUUGCACCGUUCCGGGCGGCGCACACUUGAAGAACAGUUCAAGGACUUUGACUUUGGCACGACAACACUGAACGACCUACGAAGGUACGGUAGGGCUUCGGACUUUGAUGAUGAUUGA